AUGAUUGGUGAAUUUCUUGGACCAGAAGCAGUUACCAAACAGUUGGGAGGACCAGAUCCGCUGGACUACAUCAGCAUGUAUAGAAAUCCAGGGAGCCCAACACAGGAUGUUCCAGAACACUGGCAUUAUGUCAGCUUUGGAUUGAGUGACUUGUAUGGUGACAACAGAGUCCACGAAUUUACAGGACUGGAAGGACCAAGUGGUUUUGGUUUUGAACUGACCUUCCGGCUAAGACGAGAAACUGGGGAAACAGCGCCGCCAACCUGGCCAGCUGAGCUGAUGCAAGGCCUGGCUAGAUAUGUAUUCCAGUCAGAAAACACGUUAUGCAGUGGUGAUCAUGUUUCUUGGCACAGUCCCUUGGACAACAGUGAAUCCAGAAUCCAACAUAUGUUGCUGACAGAGGACCCGCAGCUGCAACCAGUGCAUACACCCUUUGGAACAGUUGCAUUUCUCCAGAUUGUUGGAGUUUGUACAGAAGAACUUCAAGCAGCACAGCAAUGGAAUGGCCAAGGGAUCUUGGAGCUUCUUCGGACUGUUCCAGUUGCAGGUGGCUCUUGGCUAAUCACAGACAUGCGAAGAGGAGAGACUAUAUUUGAAACUGACCCCCAUCUGCAAGAAAGAGUGGACAAAGGCAUAGAGACUGAUGGUUCAAACCUGAGUGGUGUGAGUGCAAAAUGUGCUUGGGUGGAUCUAAGCCGCCCACCAGAAGACGAAGAAGAUAGCAGGAGCAUUUAUCUUGAAAUGCAGCCAAGACGUUUGUCAGACAAAGAUACAGAGCAGAUCAGAGAGGUCUUGCGUAGGGGUCUUGAGAUGAACACCAAGCCAAUCUUGCCACCAAUCAGUUCCCAGAAACCACAGCAACAGAAUGGAAUGAACCAUGAUCGAGCAUCACUAGUGCAAUCAGUGGGCCAUUUCCAGAGCAAGCAAACUGAAAGGACUAGGAAAGAUAGUUUGGAGAGUGAAAGUUCUGCUGCUAUUGUUCCUCAUGAAUUGAUUCGCACCAGGCAGCUGGAGAGUGUACAUCUUAAAUUCAACCAGGAAUCUGGAACUCUUAUUCCAUUGUCACUGAGAGGUAGAUUGUUGCACGGAAGGCACUUUACUUACAAAAGCAUCACAGGAGAUACAGCAAUUACAUUUGUUUCUACUGGAGUUGAAGGGGCCUUUGCUACAGAAGAACACCCAUAUGCAGCUCAUGGUCCCUGGUUGCAGAUUCUGCUAAAUGAAGAGUUUGUGGAAAAAAUGCUAGAGGAUUUAGAAGACCUGACCUCUCCGAAAGAAGUGAAACUGCCAAAGGAGUACAGCUGGCCAGAGAAAAAACUGAAAAUCACAAUUUUACCUGAAUCAGCAUUUGACAGUCCGCUGCAGUAGCCAGGAUUAUUAAGAUUAGUUAUUAUCAAUGUAAAAAUACCUUGCAUUUACUUCUUAGCUUGCAAAAGUAAUUUUGCAGUAUGUAACAGUCCAAAAGGAUGGCUACAUAGCCAUUGUAGCUUCAAGCUGUACAAGAAGUAACGUUAAUAUUAAAUCCAUUCCAAUUAAACUGGAGACUAUGUAUUUUAGCUCACCGUGCCUAAUAUAUUAAAGACAGUAUGUGGGCAGGAAAUCAGUUACACACUUUUUUUGUAGCUUAUCGUUCCUGUCUUAUCUCUGUUGACUGAAGUGCUCACAAAGUACUGCGUCGUAGAAUUGUCCUGUUGUUGUGUGGAUCAUGCCAAAGAUGUAUUCCACUGGCAGGUAACUUAUUUUACAUUCGUUCAGAUGAGUUUGUACUUUUAUAUUAUUUCCCCAUAAGAUUGAUUUUUCUUUAAAAGAACAGCAAAGAUGGGUGGGAAGGCAAAUAGGUAACUCAUUUAAAAAGGGGAAUGUUGAGACAAUUGUGUUUAACUUUUUCCUUUUAUAUUGGUGAUAAAUCAAUUUUAUUGUUGCUCUGUUUAAACAAAUAUUUGGAAGUGCCUUUGUAUUAUUACUUCUGCUUCCUAAAGAUUAAGUUUUAGCAGUUUUAAUCGUUAUGGAAGUUAUUUAAUUUUGCUCACUGCAUAGAAUUGUGACCUCUAACACUACAGAAGUAGGCCAUUUCGCCCAUCAGAUGUCUGCUGUAAAUCUGUUGAAAGAGCUAUCAAAUUAAUUCCCCUCCACUGCUUUUUCCCAGAGUCUUAUAAAUUACUCACAUUCAAGUAUAUAUCUAAUUGCCUUUUGUAAGACACUAUUGAAUUUGAUUCCACUUUCCUUUUGGGCAGUGCAUUCUAUUGCUGCAACAACUUGGUUAAAAAAAAAUAUAAUCUCCAAAUUUCUCUUUUGGCUCUUUCAUCAAUUAAUCAAAUAUGUGCUUUCUGGUCACCAACUCUCUUGCUUCUGGAAAUAUUGUCUUCCCUUUGUUACUCUAUGGAAUCCCAUCACAAUAAUGAAUAGAGCUAAUAAAUUUCCCCUUGGCUUUCUUGCUGUAAGGAGAUCAAUUCCAAUUUCUUUGGUGCCUCAAAAACUUGAAGUCCCUAUGCCCUCUUCAAGAUCAUUUGACCUUCCUAAAUUACAGUGCCCAUAUAUUCCACCAUUAUAUCUGGUGAUUUAUCAAUGUUUAUCAUUCGUAUAGCUUCUGAAAUAAUUGAAAAUAUAUGAAAAUUUUAGGCAAAAGAUAAGACGGAUCUUUCUAGCAUUGUGAUUUAAUGGCUGUUUCUUUUUAAUGACCAGUUACUUAAAAAUAAAAAACAUGCUAUACUUAAAUUUAGAUGAAAGAUGGUAAGUCAUCAAUAAAAUUGUUAGUUAAUGGAUGAGUAUAUGGAAACUUACAUCUGUCUUCAGUCACGAUUAACAACCUUAAACUUCAAAGAGAUGUUUGAAGGCAAAAGCUUAUUUGUGAAUACAGGUGUAUGGGAUGAUGCUGCAUCCAAUUGACCAAUGUUUAAGGGGCUCUUGUGGUGUAGUGGUAGUGUCCCUAACCCUGGACCAAGAGACCCAGGUUCAAGUCCCACCUGCUCCAGAAGUGUUCAAUAACAUCUAAGCAGAUUGACCAGAAAAAUAAGUUGACCAGUGUCAAACGAACCAUUUUAACAGCUGUCCUAAAUAAACCAAGUUGGAAGUUAAUGUGAUACUGGCAUGCUUAAUGACUGUUUGAACUAUAUUUCAGACGAAUGUGGUUCUAUUUCUGGAAUUGAUUUAUUAAAUGUCAUUCUUUUCUGAAUCAUUUUAAGGUUAAGCAUGAGAUAAAAUUCAGUACUGCCACCUGCUUUGAUAGGUGAUUGAUGCAGGUUGGCAACUGAGAUUUAAUAGUUUUAAUCAAUAUAGUCAUCAGUAUCAAAGGUGGUUUUAAUCAGUUCUACAUUUAAUGAGAGUUUGCCUGAUUAAGGAAUGAGAAUCUGACAACACCCUGUCUCUGGAAGUGGUUAAAACCAGUUUUCGUAACAGUUUGAUUGAAAUACAAGAUUCAAUUUGCUACAAUAGUAGCAUGCAAUCAGCAUUCUAGGUGAACAUUUUUGUAGUUCAUCCCUUCUUUCUGUGUGCAGUGUUUUGUUUUUCAUAGAAUCUUGAAUCACUCUACAGAUUUGAUUUGAAGACCCCUGCAGACCAGCAGUUUAGCACAUGGUUCUUAGCUACCUUUUUUAAAAUGAAGAUUUUUAGCACAGGUUUUUAAAAAUGUUUUUAUUGUAGUUAUCUAUUGUAAAUUUUUAACUCGUCUGUAGUGCAGCUUGGCUUGCACUGACUUUUGUAAUAUUUUUGUGAAUCACUAAACUGUCAGUAAUCUUGAAGUGUAUUAAAAUAAUUUACAUGAUAAUUUCAAAAA